GCAUAUAUCAGGUACCAGCCAGUCAGCCCCUACACACUUCGUUACUGUGCAGCAUUCAGUAUGGAGUACAGUUGGGUGUUCUUAUUGGUAAUCUCUGUACCAUGUAUCACCGGGGCUGAGGUGUUCCAGCCUAGGACAGACUGUGAGCCGCCCUUUCAGCUCAUCCAUGGAAGCUGUCUAUUUGUUAAUAACGUCGACACCGGGAGCUGGGAAGAGAUGAGGGACAUCUGCAUCCUUUUUGGAGGCGACCUGGCCAAGAUCGACAGCGCUGAUUUGCUUGACGAUCUCAUCAGAUUCAUCGAAGACAACAAUCUAAACAACGUCCAUUACUGGAUUGGCGCUACAGAUACAGACCAUGAGAAUUACUGGAAGUGGACUGACCUCACGCCAGUCACUCUUGGGGCCAGGUUUUGGGCCGUGAUAUGCCCAGGACACAACCUAAAGCCACAUCGUGAUAAUGCAGCUGUUAACUGUGCGCUUAUGGACGCAGGGUAUUACUAUAUGUUUUCUGAUUAUUAUUGUGAUGGUCAUUCCGCCUCACUACCGGUGGGUAUGAUCUGCCAGAUGUGACCUUCACCUCUGUAAGAUCUGCCAGAUGUGAUCUUUCACUAUAUUGUAUAAUGAAAUAAAGAUAAAUACCAAACUCAUUGUAUGAUAUAAUAAAGAUAUACACACAAAA